AUGUCCAAUGGCUGGAACCUAUUUCCUUGGAGAAGAGGUCAAAAGAUGUCACCCUUAAAUAGAAUCAACGGAUUUUGCUUCACCAGCAACUACAAUACGUCCUCGAUCCGGUCCUUUGCCUCACCUGUGGAACCGACAAAUAUGGAGAAAGACUUGAAGAAACUGGUAGAUUCCGUUGCGAAGUUCUGUAGCAAUAUGGAAGGAACUAAAGUGACCUUUGAGUCAAGCAGGACGGGAGGAGAUGAUUCUAUAGGGAAGACCAACGGAAAUCCAUACAGGAUGUGUGUGGAGGGAUACAUACCAUCGGAGAAAGGCAGCGACAGAUAUCGGGUUUGUGUCGACGUCGGAGAAAAGCUCCUCGAAUGUGUCAAGGCUGCUAUCUCUGAUGGGGGCCAAUUUUCAGCAGAAGGAGGCAUAUAUGUUGGGUAA